GGGGUGGGGGUUAAACGUAUAUUUAAAGAGAAGAGCGAAUGUUACAAACAUUAGUUGUUCAGUGGAACGAGCACGAUUAGAUCUGAAGAGAAGAAGCUAGAAGGAACAAUGUGGAGCAAGAGACACAUGGAGCAGAAUUGCGAUACAGCACGGAGGAAGCGAAGCUAGUAAGUAUAUUUAGCAAUUGAUAUAAUAAGCAACGGUGUGAUGUCUAAUAUACCUAUAAUAUUUCUCCGCAGUGCUAAUUCCACACCGGCCGUCACUUUCGAAGUGCGUGAUACUGCAGCAUCGCAAUCACAACGCCGACGACGAUGCGUUCGUAUCCUAGGAAGAAGGUACGCGCUGACAACGACGGAACACAAGUAUUUGGAAGUUGGCAUAAACGUGGGGUAUGGUCCGAGUCACAUGGAGAUUGCUGUGGGAGACAAACGUGGGAAUGAAUUGAUCCUCGGAAUGGAAACCUGGAAAGGCCUCGUGGAACAUCAGCAUUUAAUCCAGGAGUAUUUUUCCAAAACUGAUAAACGACCCGUAGAUCCCAUAUAUCGGGCCGCUAACUGUAGAAUUUAUUACGCUUAACGAUACGAAGUGUGUUCGGUUCGAAGCAACAAACGUGCGAUCAAUAAUGAUGGCAUCGACACUAACAACUCUGUUUAAUCUCGAUAAAUGUAUCGAUUACAUGUACAAUUGGUUAGUGAGCUGCACCGACCAUGUAGAUGACAAGUACGAACAGUUCUGUAAGAUCGCACGUUGCGUAGAUAAUCCUAAUGACAUAACCGUUGCCACACAAAACAGCGAAUAUUUCGAUGACAAGGAACUUAUCGAUUGUGAGUUAUUGGCAUUAGCCUUUUGAAAUACGUUGUUAAUAUGUAACAAAUAUAUGCAAUAAAAAAACAUUUACUCCUAAACGUUGUAGUGCACUUUUCUACAGUCCUCAGUUAUUCGCAUAGGUUAGAUAAGUAUCAUAGAAGGUAUCAAAUGACGCGAUCACAUUUUUGUGAAGCCUCACGAAAUAGUAGGUAUAUCAUCACAUUGAGACACGUGCAACUUAAGCUGCAAAAUAUGCGAGCACAUUUGAUAUAGCCUCGCAAGAUAUUUUAGAUGCGGUAAGGCAAAUUUUUCAACACGUGUGCAUUAGAGUGAGACAAAAGAUAUAGGGUGGUAGAUCAUAUGAUAGGGAACGAUAUGCAAUAGCAUAUCAGUAUACGUGUCAGAAGUGCCGCAUGUUACAUCGGUCACGUUGAAGGAGUGGAAAGGCGAAAAAAAUGGAGAACCUCACUCAACCUGAAUAGAACAUUGUGGCACAAUCAUCGCAUGUAUCAAACUUAGGUGAAUAUUUCGCAUGGACAAAACAGUGUGAUGACCUUAUCGAGCAAUUGGAAGAACGCAGUCGCGACGCCAAGCAGCCGCGACUCUCUAUCGGAAACAAACAGUCCUUAGUAGCAGUUAUCGCGCGGCUCGAGGGACUGAAGAAGCGAUUAGAAAGAUGCUUUAUCCAUAUUGGUGGCGAAUAUGCAGGGUGGAAUAACGGUGUCGAAGACACUCUCUUGGCGAGAGAUAGAGACCGCGUUCGAGAGCCGCAUUUUAACCGGUGCUGUGAUAAAUUCCGGCUAUAUCGAACCACGGCGAUUUCUGGAAGACGCUAGCAUAAUAGUGCUCGAUCAUGUGCAAAAGGUAAUAAAUGAACAUGACAGUGUGAAAUUGAAUACCGUGUUCAAUGGCGAGUUUGUGGCGGGUGAGAAGACCGCCAAUAAAA